AUGAGCAAGUCCGAGUCUCAACAGAGCCGGAUUCCGGAGGCGGAUUUGGAGCCCGACGAGUUCGACCGGUUUUCAAGAUAUAGAAAAGUUGUCAUGGUCAUUGUUAUGUCCUGGAACGGGUUACUGUCUCCAAUUUCAAGCACUUCUGUGCUUUCGGCAAUCCCCAAUGUUGCUGCGACGUACCAUACCUCAGGAUCGGUUAUAGGUCUCAGCAAUGCUCUGUACAUGGUAUUCAUGGCCUUGAGUCCAUGCUUCUGGGGUCCCUGGUGCCAGGCCCUUGGAAGACGUCGGUCAUGCCUUGCGAGCAGUGUGGUUUUCCUGGCUUCUUCUAUUGGGACAGCCCUUAGUCCUAACCUUGCCUCGUUCAUGAUUUUCCGAAUGCUAAGUGCCUUUUCUGGCACCGCCAUUUUGGUCAUCGGACCUGCCGUGAUUAGAGACCUCUAUCGCCCCCUCGAUCGUGCUACAGCCCUGGCUUGGUUCUAUACUGGCACAUUAGUUGGACCCACGAUUGGACCGCUCCUGGCUGGGGCGAUUGUUACUUAUACCACGUGGCGAGUCAUCUUUUGGGUCCAGACCGGAAUCUCUGCCAUCUCAUUGCUUGCGACGUACUUCCUGCUCGCAGAGACCAUGAAAGUGGUAACUCCCAGACCACUUGAACAGCUGCCACUGCCCAAGAAAGUCACCACUUUCCUGACGAUGACGAACCCAUGGCGUGUCAUCCGACCAUUCAAGUCGCCAAGCCUAGUGAUCACUGCGGUAGCCAGUGGCUCCUUAGUCUGGAACCAGUACGGUCUUCUGACGCCCAUACGGUACGUGCUGAAUCCAAGAUACAAUCUCGACACCCCACUUCAGUCUGGACUCUUGUAUCUCGCCCCUGGUGUUGGGUACAUGCUGGGCACACUGGGUGGAGGUCGAUGGGCAGAUUACACCGCAAGGAAACGAUAUAAACAACGCGGCAAGAUUUUUGUCGCCGAGGACAGGCUGUAUGCCGCUGUCCCCUUUCUGAUGGUUGUGCUCCCAAUGUGCAUGUUGAUUUAUGGAUGGUCAGUUGAAAAGGCCUUUGGUGGGAUAGCUGUGCCGAUCGUCUUCAUGUUCUUGCAAGGUAUAGCUCAGCUAUUCUGCUAUCCCUCUUUGAACACAUAUUGCCUUGAUGUAAGGCCAGAGCAAAGUGCCGAGCUUAUUGCGGGAAACUUCUUUAUUCGGUACAUUUUUGGUGCUGUUGCGUCUGCUGCAGCGAUUCCUGCCACUCAGGCAAUCGGAGUAGGAUAUUUUAGCACAAUCUCAGCUAUCCUAUUGGCGAUAGGGGGCGGAGGUCUACUUACAGCGGCCUACUGGGGCCUAUCCUGGCGGCAAAAAAUCAGUGUUUAA